AUACACUCAGGCACACAGCAAAGGUAGACCAGUAGACCCUGAAGAAUAGUCGGCUGGGUAGUGGCUGGCGCUACGUGGUUUAAGGGCUACGCAUUCUCACUUAAUUAUCCAUCACUAGUCUGCUUGCCCUGCCCCGAUCGAGAGUCGUAACCAAGACGUUUGCUUUUCCGCGGUAGGCUGAUCUCUUGUUUAUAGCUUGACAUAGCUCUUAUGUUAACAGUUGUGGGCGGUGGGUGAAUUCCAGAAAAUAAUAGUGAAUAUAGAUGCAGGCGUCUAUGAGAUAGAGAGAGAUAGAGAACGAGAAAGAGAGACAGAGCAUUGCCAUUGUUUGCCUUGAUCGAUUGCUGUGUAAGGGUUGAGUCUGUUCAGGUCUUGUACCAGAGUGUAGAAGAGAGUGAGGCUGUGACCGAGCAAGACAACACUGAAGCUCCAUUUCAGUGAGUUGUUGUCGUUUUCGACGUUUACCAAGAGGUUGCAGUAUUUAAAUGGUUGUGUAGUUUUCCUUGAACGAGAAAGGAUUUGAGGAAAAAUUUGUCGACAUCAAUCGCGGAGUGUUUUGUUUCCUGCGUUCAGAAUUGAGGGCAUGCUUUCACCUUGAUUGGAAGAUUUUGAGAAAAUCGUUGCCGGGGGAGGCUAUUGCAAAUUCUGCAGAGAGGGGUAGGGGAAGGGAGUGAGAGAGAUUGAGAGAUAUGACUUCGAGGGAAGAAAAGGAGAUCACGAAGGGGAAUCAGACCGACCUAGGGGUGCAUUUCAGAGGUGUGAGGAAACGUCCCUGGGGGCGGUUCGCAGCUGAAAUUCGGGAUCCAUGGAAGAAGACGCGCGUAUGGCUGGGAACCUUUGACACUGCGGAAGGGGCCGCGAGAGCUUACGAUACUGCUGCAAGGGCAUUGCGGGGGUCUAAAGCGAAGACCAAUUUCACUUGCCCGCUCUCCAGCGAGGAUCAGAGCACGAGCCAGAGUUCCACUUUGGAGUCAUGGUCCACGUCGCCUACGAGCAGCCAUAAUGUCCACCACCCUUACCGCCAGUACCAGCAUCUCCUCCCAAAGCAACAGCAUCCCAAUUGUGGAUCCUCUGCAGCCUUGGACACAGCCUCAUGGCGCUCGUGCCUGGACCUCAACCUUUCGGCUAUGGCACCGAUAGACCAUCACGUUCAGACUCAAGACAUCGCUCAGGCUCAGAAUAUGAGGAUUAAUGUCGGACACUCCUACGUGUCACGUGGUGAAGUCGCUGAAGUUGCGCACUCCACCAAGCGUCCUUCUUCAACUCCGAUCCAAACCCUCUUUCAAGAAUCCCUUAUAAGUUUGAAGAAACCCCUCAUUCAUUCUGUCCCAGCUGUCGAUGUCUCGGUCUCGCAAGUUGAAUGGUCAUUGGGUAAUUCCAGUGAUCGAAAUGGAACAAUUGUUACUGGAUCUGUAACCACGCCCGAAAUGAGAACUUCCUCUAGCGAUUGCGAUUCGUCCUCUUCCGUAAUUUUGAACACCGAGAGCCCUGAAACGAAGCCUACAUCGCGAGGAAGUUCCAUUUUGUUGGAUUUGAAUUUUCCUCCUUGCCAUGACGAGCAGUCUGCUGUCACAGCCGCCGACAAUUUUUGCUUGUCUCGGCCACGCAUUACAGCUUUUUUUUUGAAGAGUACUGGAAGAGUUUAGGAUUAGUGUAAGUUAGCUGCUGCGGCACAAUUGAGGUUCGGCCACGUAGGGUUGCAGGCUUAAAGAUGUAUGCUUUACUUUGCAAUUCAUUCUUAAAGAUACAGACCAUGGCUUGUGUUACACCAUUCACGUGUAAUGCUCGCCCUCACCUAGAAUUA